ACAGAAAUAUACAAUAUGGUGGAUAGGUGAGGUGGGUAGGAUGAUAAGGGUUCCGCCUAACAUUUUGCAUCGUUUUCUACAUUACAAUGAACUUAGCACGUAAUAAAUAUCAUAUAGAGACUACGAAUAUCGCAGGUUUUCAAGCAGCAUGUUUCUUGCACUGACAUAGCUUUGUAUUAUAGUAAUUGAUGUAUGAAAUUGUCUGUUUUCCUUAUCGCAACCAAUUGGCAUUAAGGACAGUGACAGCUCUGUGUGCGUGUUUAUUUCUAUUAGUGAACGGUUUUCGAAAGUUGUGUCAUAAGCAUUUGGUCCAGUGAUUAGCAUAGAGCAAGUAAACAAUUCUGUCAUAAAUCGGUGGUAGCUAUUCGCAUAGUGUUAGGGAUACAGUACCAUUGUCACAGUGAAAUGCAGGAAAGUAUUUACAUAGCAAGAACGAAUUUUGUUUCAAAAGCUGUAGAUUCUGCUGAGAAGAAUGUUUCCACACGUGUUAUACGUAUGGGCACUGUUGUGAAGAUAGUAACAGUUUGCGCACAGAAAGAAAGUGUCAAUUUCGUAGUCAAAGGAAACGAAGAUGAAUCACAAGAGUGUGUUGUGUGGAGCAGUGAGAAAAGUAACUUCAUCCCAUUGUUAGAUGUUUUAUGGGAAGCGUUUUGUGGUGUUCCAUCACCUUUGGACCGCGUUCGCAUAGCAGACAAUUCACGACUCUGUCAUGAACUAGCGAGAGUUGAUGUUGGAAUGGUUGUGAAUCUUCUUCCUGCCCAUGAAAAUUCAACUGACUUCCCUGUACCGUCUAUCGUAAGAUACAAAGGUCCCGUACCAGAGAUGGGGAGUGGAUAUUAUUUUGGCCUCGAAAUAUUGGUAAAUCAUAAUGCAACGCCUGAAGUUACUUCCCGUAGCAUUAUUUUGCAGUAGACUUGUUCAUUGUUAUUGUCGCAGUUAUGUAGUGCGAAUUCUACUGAAAUAUUCGUCGAAUUUGUAGAGAACGUCGUAAACUGAAUUACUGUAAUGUAUAUUGUUUUUUAUAAUUACUUUUUUGUGGGAGCUAUUGUGAGAGGUUGGGUAGUGCUUAGUGAAAGACGAUAAUAGCGAUUGCCAAAUUGAAAAUCCAGAAACGUAGUUUGUUUUCUUAUCCAAUAAAAAAAAAAUGCUGAGAGUCCUUUUUUGUCCCCAAAAACACGAUCUCGCACGAAAUUGAUUGUAGUGGAUCUGCUAGUGCUUACAGUAACAACUUUCGGACAAUACUUUCUGAAGUGUCGUAGCUAACAGUAGAAUUUGAAAACAUUGUUGCAGUCAGUGUCUCGGAAAGAUCUCUAUUGUUGAUAUCCACUUCUUGCUUACAGACUUCACAUGAUGCACAAAACAGUUGUAUUGACGUACAUCAUAUCAAAUGAAAUAUUUGCACUGUUGAGGUUAAAUAAUCUUGAAGUAUAUUAUUGCAUUGCGUAGACAGUGAGUGUUAUUUGGUAUUAAAAAGUUGAGUAUUAUUUUUGGCUAGGUAUAUGUGAUACUAUUUUGCCACAGUAAUAUUGCACUAUGAGGGAAAAUGUGCUAUAGACAGUUUGAGUAAUGUUGUUAACGAACACUGCCUUUUUUACAUAGAAAAGCGUUGUUGCCAGAUGUGCUAUUGCUAUUUAAGAAGAGAUAUUUAAAUAAUCAAAUGAGAUGGGCAAUAACCGAGGAAAUUGCGAUGGUACGCUACGUGGAAAGAAGUACUUCUCCUGCCAGAAGUACAAAGGUGUUUUUGCAACACUGAACAGAAUAUAUCCAGGAAACAUAGAAAAGACUUUAGGUGGAAUGAACACAUAUUCGGAUGCAGUGAAACUGAGUGAAAUAUUUACUGAUCGGAAUUACACUUAUGAAUCCUUGUUAUCAAUGCCGUCCAGUGACUAUAAACACUAUAAUGCAAGAAACUCCAACUAUAAAACUACCCUUGUGCUUCAUCUGAGAGAAGAGAGCAGUACAAGUAUGUCCAGAAAUAUACCACCAAAGGUGGAAAACAAAGAAAAGUUGCCAGGUGUGGAGUCAAGCAACCACAAUGUUGGUUCAGGUAACCCAUUCUUGAAAGUUGGUGAUAGAGUUGUAUGGGUAACGGAUUCUGGUCCUGAGGUUGGAAUUGUUCGCUGGCUUGGAGAUCAUACAGAAGAUAAUUUGACCAAUGUGAUUGUUGGUGUUGAAUUUGAAAAUCCAGUUGGAAGUGGAACUGGUUGCUACAAUAAUAAGCAACAUUUCCAAACAGAGCCAUCACAUGGUGCAUUUUUGCCUCUUCUGGAGCUUAUGAAAGCAGAUGACUUCUUUUCAAAACCGCAAGAACCUUCUAAGGAAAGAGUCUCUGGUUUGACGACAUGUGGAGAGCAUAGUCACCUGAAGUUGGCUUCUCAUGGGACUGCAAGACAUCAGCCAUCAUCUGCGUCCACAGCUGAUGCAGGGUCAAAAGGACAUGUUUCGGAAACACAUAUGUGGAAUAAUUCUGUUGCUGAGAUAUCAGAGGUGUUUGGAAAUCCGCUCACAGACUCUGUGAGCAAAGAAAAUAAACUAACAAAAUGCAAAAGUGAUACCUUGUGUAAAUCUGAAUAUGUAUUCUCUGAAGGAAAUGGUUAUCAUGUCAAUUCUGUCAAAAUUGAUAAUAGUGAGCAGAACUGUUGCAAAGAUCCAAAGAAUAACAAUGUGAGUAAGAAAACAGUUCUUCUAAAUUACCCGGAGAGUGCCCCAUCGAGAGGUGUUUUAGAUGAAUCGCCACGGAAAGUGAAUGAUUAUUUUACAAAACAUAUUAAACCGAGUGAAUUAAAAAUAAAACAUUCUCAUUCGAGAGAUAUUCAACCCAGGAAUAGCAGUGAGCCAUUUGAUGUGGUGGAUGAAUCAUGGAGUGCUGGUGUCGGAAGUCCAUAUUCAACAAACUAUUUUAAAGAUGACCAGAAAACGAACAGGACAGAGCUUUUAAAAUCAUGUAGGGUUAUCGAUUGCAAGGAAAGUGACUUAGAUAACUUUAGAGAUGGAAAAGCUGCUGUGCAGUUAAAUGAUUUUCCUGACCAUAUCUUGCCAAGAAGAUUUAGUCCUACAAAUGAUGUAACUGCUUUCCUUGAUGACUCUGAGCAGUCUGUAGUACCAACUGAUCUAGAAGUUGGAUCAGUUGUGGAAGUGAGAGUUAAAUUGAAGCCUCAUUAUGGUGUUAUUCGAUGGAUUGGUACUGUAGCUGAGGAUAAGAAAAGAAGAAAAAUUGCUGGCAUUGAAAUGGAAGAAGACCAUGUUGGUUAUUCAGAUGGAAGUUUCAAUGGCCGCAGAUACUUUCACUGUAGACCAGGAAAAGCUAUGUUUGUGCCACUGAAUAGUUGUCAGAAAGAUGGGAGGUUUCAGGAACCACAUGUGUCAGUUGACUCAAGAAUAAAAAGCUUUGGUCAGAUUGAUUGCCCUGUUAUCCCUGGAGUUGUCCCACCACUAAGGUGGAAGGGCGAUACAGAGUCCUUUUGUGGCAAGUUCAGGGGCAUCCAGGGUCAUCAUAAUUCGUGCUACUUAGAUGCUACUCUUUUCAGUAUGUUUACUUUUACCAGCGCCUUUGACAGUCUGUUGUUCAGACCUCCAACAGAGAAUGAUAUCAAACAGUAUGAUGAAGUGCAGCGAGUUUUGAGGGAAGAAAUCGUUAAUCCCCUGCGGCAGAAUCUCUAUGUAAGAGCCGACAGAGUAAUGAAGUUGCGGACUUUGCUUGAGAAUUUAAGUUCAGUUACAGGGUUAACAAGUGAAGAGAAAGAUCCAGAAGAAUUUUUGACUUCUCUGGUUGCCCAGAUAUUAAAAGCAGAACCAUUUUUAAAGUUAAGUUCUGGUCAGGAAGCAUACCACUACCAACUGUUUGUUGAGAAGGAUGAGCAACUUGUUCUGCCCUCUGUUCAGCAGCUUUUCGACCAGAGCUUUUUAACCAGUGAUAUAAAACUUAAAGAGGUGCCUUCUUGUUUAAUUAUACAAAUGCCUAGGUUUGGAAAGUCAUUCAAAAUGUACCCUCGUAUAUUACCAUCACAGUUACUGGAUGUCACUGAUAUCAUCGAGGACUCUCCCCGCCAGUGCACAGUCUGUGGUAAACUAGCAGAGUAUGAAUGCAGAGAAUGUUUUGGUCAGUUUGGCACAGGAUUGGAUAGUAUUGCCUUCUGUGAAGAGUGCUUGGGAACUGCCCAUAGCCAUCAACGAAGAAAUAAUCACGCGUGGCGCCGACUGUCAGUGCCUGUGGAGUUUUCUGUUUUGCAAGACCACUGCCAUAUACCCCGACUUUACAUGGAACUAUUUGCAGUUGUUUGCAUUGAAACAUCUCAUUACGUAGCAUUUGUUAAGUGUGGUAGUGGAUCUGAGGCUCCUUGGUGUUUCUUUGACUCAAUGGCUGAUAGAAAAGGUGAACAAAAUGGGUAUAAUAUUCCUGAAAUGGUUCUUUGUCCAAAACUUCCAUACUGGUUGUCUGAUGAAGGGACACGUUCACUUCAAGAAAUAAAAGACGAUCGCCUUCUACCUGAACAUGCAAAACGCUUGUUAUGUGAUGCCUAUAUGUGUAUGUACCAAAGUCCUGAUGUAAUGAUGUACAGAUAAGAAUGGGAUUAAAAAUCACACUCCUGUAUGUAUAUUUAUUAUAAUUGAUAAUUAGAUCAAACUUUUGCCUGUUUUGUAUUUAAAGAGACUAUAACACUGUAAAUAUUUUUCAACAUUCCUCAUUGACUGUACUGCAAUUUAAAAUGUAACUGUUAUCAGUUGUUACAAAGUGCUUGAAAUGUUAAACAGUCUUAAUGAAGUUAUUUUAUAAAUCAUUUAGUUAUCUGUCAGUUUUUUAAGUAUUAAUGUCACUUACAGUAUUCCAGGAAUAACUGAAUAGGAGACUUAUUUUCUGAGUUGUAAAAAUUUUUUUUACCACGACUCGAUGAAUAAAUAAGUGUGUGUGUGUGUGUGAGAGAGAGAGAGAGAGAGAGAGAGAGAGAGAGAGAGAGAGAAUUGCCUCAUAAAAUUUGUAAUUAUUUGUUUGUUAUAUGCAAGUAUUAUGUUCCAGAAAAAUUAUGGUAUAUUUAAUUUCAUAACUCAUUUCAUCACAUUAAAUGUGAGAAUUUCAAAUCCUU